AUGCGUGUCCAAUCUCUCACUCUGCUGGCGGGCGCGGCUAUCGCCGCCGCCGACAGCACCGUCUCUCUUUUCUUGCCCGGAUUCGAUACGCAGCCUCUUGACGCGAAAGUGCUCGGCUCGAGUGGCGCCAUGACCACCUAUAGUCUCAAUUGCCCUAGUGGAGAGGACUCCGAUCUCUGCGGAGUUCCCCCGGGUUUUAUCGUCACGCAAGGAGCCUCGUCGGUGCAAUUUGACUACGGCUAUGAUACCGAGUCCGUCACUGAGAAUUGCAAGUUCCAGGGUACUACACGCGCCACUUGCUGGGCCAAUAUUGUCAGUGAUGGCAGUUCGUCGUCGCUGAGCACCGCUUUUGAUGUCACCUCUAUUCCCUAUGGUGGCUUCAUGCCUGUCCAUGUCACUGCUACCGAGACUGGCGGAGCUGCGGCUUCAACUGGUGCUUCGGUUACUGCUACUACUGCUACGGCCACGGCCACUGGUACUUCCACUGGUACUUCUACUGGAUCUACUGGCACUUCUACUGGCACUUCUACUGGAUCUGCUGCCACUCUGACCGGUACUUCCUCUGAGAGCAGCACCGCUACUGCUGCUUCCAGCAAGACUGAGUCUACGAACGCUGCUAUGCCCAAGAUGACUGGUAACGCUCGCUGGGUGGCUGGCGGUGCGGCUGCUGCUCUGGCUCUGGUUGUUGUUUAA